GCAGAAAGAGCAAAGCAGCUUUAAUUGCAAGACGAGUAAAGCCAGAGAUGGCUUCGCUCCGACAAGAGCAGCACUAUGGGCUCUCCUGUGGAAAGAUCACCAAAAACAACCCAAGUAGGACGCUGUACCAUGUCAAGCUUACGGACUCCGCUUUACGCGCUCUGGAGGCUUUCCAAAAUAUUAAGGGAUCUAUACACUGUGAACCAUCUAUUUGCUUCAAGGGAAGUCAAGGGUACAUCAAGAUCCCAGCUCCCACAUCAGAAGCACCCACUGCUCUCCGCGUUUUCUCCUUCUACUUGUCUACAGACAGCAAGGAUCAGCCUCAAGCCAGCUUUGACUGUAUCCAUCAAUAUGCAUCAAGUGAUGGCCACGAGCUGUUGGAAGGCCAGGGCAUCAUUCAGGACAAGAUCACAGUGUGUGCCACAGAUGACUCCUACCAGACGACCCGUGAGCGUGUGUCCCAGGUGGAGAAGGACAGCUGGAACCGCUCUGUCAUCGAGAUCAAACCUGGACAUCCAGGUUGGUCCUCCAAGUUCCCCAAACGCAAUGUCCAGUCAUUACCCGGGCCAGACAGUAGUUUUCUGAAGCAAUCCAUCCCAAGCCGGCGGGUCAGUGGCGGAGCGGGGCUGAGCUCGAGGAGCUUAAGAGAGCGGAUCAUUCACCUACUGGCUCUAAAAUCAUACCGGAAACCAGAGCUGCUACUGUGGCUGGAGAAGGAGAGAGCCAGCCCCAAAGACAAAGCAGAGCUGGGGGCUAUAUUAGAGGAGGUAGCAAAACUGAAUCCUAAAGACAAUAACUACUGCCUGCAGGACAUUUUCUACAAGAAUGUGCAGAAGGACUGGCCUGGCUACAGUGAAGAUGAAAAACAGCUCAUUGGGCGAGUUCUUGCCAGGAAGCUGCCAAUCAGUUGCCAGUCAAGGAAUCUUCAGGCAACCACAUCAGUACAAAUAUGUCCAGAAAACCCAAUUCUGCAUCAGAUCCCAAAGAAAAAUCUUAAUAUGAAACGCCCUGUGCCUCCAGAGUGCUCUCAGGAGAAGAUUUUAGCCAAAAGGCAAAAACUUUUAAUCAAAAGGCUCCCUCAAGAACCCGUUUCACAGGACCUGAACACUCCCUCUCUUCUUCCCAGUUUUCACACUAAAACUGAGUUUCAAAGGACUUGUAAUCUAACUGGUAGCCAAAAUAAUUCACUGGAAUCUUCUAAUAGCAUUCCACUUAUGCACAAAGUGUCUGAUGCAGACACAGUGAAACAAGAACCCAAAAUCUGCAGCUCUCCAUGGACACAAGCACAUCCAGAACGCACAAAUGAGCCGCUUGCCAACUACCAACACAAAAAGAAGAAAUCGAAAAAACAUAAAGACAGGGAGCGAGAGAGGUUAAAAGAUAAUCCGGCCAAAUGGUUGGAUACCAGUGUUGAUUUAAAGCAAAGCAUGGACAAACUUGACAAUUCUGAUAUAAAAAAAGAGGUUGCAUCUGAUGAGAAGCCAGACUACAUUCUCCUUUACAGCCCUAUAAUGAAUUUGGAGCAGCGUGAGAGGUACCAGGCGGAUUUCUGUGCCGAGUAUGACGAGUACAAAGACCUUCACUCAAGGAUUGCAACCAUCACUCACAUGUUUGUUCAGCUUGGAGCCAAGAUUAAAAGUCUUUCUCCCGGCACUAAGGAAUAUAAAAUAAUGGAAGAUCAAAUACUGGAAAAAUAUAGCAAGUAUAAAAAGAAGUUCCCAGGCUACCGAGAAGAGAAGAAGAGAUGUGAAUACCUUCAUGAAAAACUUUCCUACAUCAAACAGCUCAUCACAGACUUUGACAUAGCUCAGGCUUCUUAGCAGCAUUCCCAUUGUCACAAACUACUAGAGACUAUCAGGAUUAAUGAAGAAAAAGAAAAGAGUGCUUUUGUUGGGACCAUUACCAUUGUUGUUAGAGUGUUGUCAUUCUAACUCAGAUUCCACUGUAAUAUUGUCUAUAUCUAUAUUGUGUGCAUGUCAUAUUUCUGAUGAACUUUUGUUACUCCAAAUGUAAUGAUAACACUUCAUGUGUACCCAUCACAGUAUAAACAAUGACCAAUGCAAUAGCAUUUCACAGCAAAAAUCAAAUGGGCUGAGGUCUACUCAUACCACAUCAUUAUUUUUGGCCAAUGAUUAGCUCCAACUGAUGCUAACCAGUCCUUAUUUUUACAUUUUAAAAAACCAAAAUGCACUUCUUUUAUUAAGUAUUGAUUGGCUACAUUUUUUGACACAAACCUUUGCUCAUCGUUUAUAUAUCAAUAUAGGCUAUUAGGUUCUUGUGCUUGCUGAAAGUAUUUUCUAGAACUACUGAUAUGUAUUUAAGCAAUUUUCUUUCACUUUGGUUUCAUUAGCUGGAAAUAAUGUAACAUGCUGAUCCAAAAAUGUACAAGUAUUGAAGAAAUGUUCUUGAAAGUGGGAACAGUGGUGAAACAAUGAUUGGUUAUAUUGUAAACUGUGCCACAAAUUGAUUUAGUCAGCUGAAUAUUGAACCCAAAUAACACUCAUGUAUCCAUAUCAUAUCCCAGUGAAACUGAUAUGCUACCACAUAGGUGUCAGCUGGAAUGGUAUGUCUUAAUGUUCUCAAAGCUCCAAAAUUGUUAGGCUGAUUUAUGGUGUAUAGUGAUGACUUUUUUAAAGUUUAUUAUUUUCAUCUAAUUCUUGUUGAGUUUACGUAAAAGUAGACCAGAGUACACAUUAUGAUUGUUUUCUUUUAAACAGACUGUGUAUUUAUGCCCAGUGAUUUUUUGUUUGUUUGUUUUGCACUUAAGGGGACAGGCUGAUGUUAUACACUCACAUCAUUUCCCUUGCUUCUACUGAAUGCCAUGCUAUCCAGUAUGGCCUAUCAUGAGCCUUAAGGUAUUUAUGAACGCCUUAUUAUAUCACCAUUAGCUAUUAUAUUUCAGCACAGUUGGAUCUUUUCGUUUUUGUGUUUUGUCUUUUUUUCUCAUGUUGAAUGUUCUCAUUAUCAUAUUGUUUUGGCUGUCUAUAACCAUUUUAUGCAAGUAUCACACCAAGUCACCCCUGAGUCACCACCAUACUUCUCAGUAAUAAUUGUUGCAUUUAAAAUAAAAUGGUAAUUAUGUCCCUUGA